AUGUGUGAUAACGUCUGGCAUAGCACGGUAUUCCUCGGAGCGCGACGCGUGAGCAACGCACAGCAGAUGCAAGGCAAAGAGAACUUCGCGACAUCGGAGAGUACCAAAGUUUGGUGGCAAAUAUACAGAAAGGUGUAUGUAUCAGGCUCAAUUGCGAAGUGGAAUCUGAUUGUUGCAAAGGUUGAUGAGAAAGAUUUUUCACCAGCUUUGCUGCAGAAGACGUCGACCCUGCUAAGGAAGAAUCCAGAGUACUACACAAUCUGGAAUGUCCGACGACGGAUUUUCAACAACGAGUUCAAUAAUAUCAACCGUCAAGCCGAUCAAGGGCAGCUCUCCGAAGACAACAAAUAUUCUCAGGCCUUGGACAUUAUCAACCUUGACCUACAGUUCAUAUUUCCACUUCUAUUACAAUAUCCAAAGUGCUACUGGAUCUGGAAUCAUAGAGUAUGGCUUCUACAACAAGCUUCGAAGUACUUGCCAGCAGAUCGAGCACGCUCAUUGUGGGAGGACGAGCUGAAGCUGGUGAGCAAGAUGCUCGGUAGGGACAGUCGCAAUUUCCAUGGCUGGGGCUAUCGAAGGAUAGUGGUUGAAAACCUUGAAGAUAGAGCUCUCAACGGAAAGAGUAUGGCCAGGGACGAAUACGACUAUACAACAAAGAUGAUCGGACAGAACCUAUCCAAUUUUUCGGCGUGGCACAAUCGUAGCAGGUUGAUCCUCUGUAUUCUAGACGAAGAAAGAGCUUCUACACAAGAGAGACAGGAGAUGCUAGAUGAAGAAAUUAAGCUUAUUCACAAAGCCCUCUUUGAUCCUUAUGAUCAAUCUUUGUGGUUUUACCAUCAACACCUAUUGUCGACGUUCGAUCCAGAUACAGCAGGAGCGUCCAUGAUGCCCGAAUUAUCGAACGAGAGUCGACUCACCUACGUCAAAGCUGAACAGGAAUUCAUCGAGGACUUGAUAGAGGAUGCUGAGGAUAGUAAAUGGGUGUACCAGGCAUUGAUUGAAUGCGCCCUGAUCGAAGCGAAACUAGUAAAUGGGUUGUCGGAAAAGAUGAGGACGAACAUCAAGGUAUGGUUGGACAAGUUGAAGCAGCUUGAUCCCCUUCGUCGUGGCAGAUGGAUAGACACAGAGCAGAGGCUGCUGAAGGACUUGCCAUAA